AUGGCUCAAAUUCUGACAGAACGACAAGCUGAAGAGCUACACAAGUCUAUCAUUGCCUACCUUGCGUCGCAGAGCUUAUCCAACAGCGCUGCUACCCUCAAAGCCGAGCUCGGACUCGACCAAGAUGCCUUUGACGCCGAAAAGUCCAGGAAGUAUGAGGGCCUGCUGGCAAAGAAGUGGACGAGUGUCAUGAGACUGCAGAAGAAGAUCCUAGACCUGGAGAACAAGAAUUUGGCUCUUCAAACCGAGCUCGAGAGCUGCACAUCAACUUCUCUCUCUCGCCGUAACCAGGACCCGGUCAAUUGGCUACCCAAGGCCCCGCCCCGUUAUGUUCUCGAGGGUCACCGCUCGCCUGUAGCCUGUGUCGCCUUCCACCCCGUCUUCAGUUCCCUUGCCUCCGGUUCCGAAGAUUAUACCAUAAAGAUAUGGGAUUGGGAGCUUGGCGAGCUCGAGCAUACGAUCAAGGGCCACACGAAGGCAGUGCUGGAUCUCGAUUUCGGUGGCUCUCGUGGCAACACGUUGCUGGCCUCGUGCAGCUCCGAUCUGACCAUCAAGUUGUGGGAUCCAGCCAACGGGUACAAAAACACCAGGACGCUGCCUGGUCACGACCACAUUGUGAGCUCGGUGCGCUUCAUACCGCCUGGCCCAUCUGGGACCGGGAAUUUGCUGGUCAGCGCUAGCAAGGAUAACACGCUCAAGAUAUGGGACGUUACGACGGGGUUUUGUGUCAAGACAAUUGAGGGCCAUACAGACUGGCCUCGGGCAGUGUGCCCCUCCACAGACGGGCGUUAUCUGCUCUCAACCGGGUCCGACAAGACCGCCAGGCUGUGGGACAUUUCUGCUCGUGAACCUGAAUGCAAGGUGGUGCUGGUUGGACAUGAAAACUUCAAUACAUGCUGCGCAUUCGCCCCUCCCGCUUCAUAUCCAUUCUUGGCCCGCUUAGCCGGAAUCGAGAAGGUGCCAGCAGCCAGCAACCCGGCUGCAUUCAUGGCCACAGGCUCCCGAGACAAGCAGAUUAGGCUUUGGGACGAACGUGGCAACUGCAUCAAGGUUCUGCCUGGACACGACAACUGGGUGCGAGGCCUUGUUUUCCAUCCAGGCGGCAAAUUCCUCAUAUCCGUGGCCGACGACAGGACACUCCGCUGCUGGGACUUGAGCCAGGACGCUAGAUGCGUGCAGGUGCUUAGUGGUGUGUUCGAGGGCUUCGUCACUUGCAUCCGGUGGGCGCCUGGCGUUGCGAAAGAUGGGCCCGCCAACGGUGUGGCACUGACUAAUGGCGAGGAAGUCACGCCAAAGAAGAAGGCCUCUGAUACGAAUGCUGCCGCCAACCUCCAUAUUCGCUGUGUUGUUGCCACGGGGAGUGUGGAUGGGAGCGAGGGGAAAGUCAGGAUAUUCGCCAAUUGA